UUCCAUCUCUAUGACAUAUCUAUUGCGAAAAGUUUUGGUUCUUUACGUUUAUUAAAGUACUUUGAAUAAAGUAUCCCUAAAAUUACAUUUAUAUUAUGGAUUUACCAGAAUCAAGUGCGCAAAGCGAUGGCGCCACCGACUUAAACAAGAAGCGUAAAAAUCCAUUCAGUACACAGCUCCGAAAAGAAGAUAAAGAGCGCAGGCUAAAGAAGAAGGCUCGAAUCAUUGCCAGGAAUAUAAGCUAUAAAGCUAAAGAAGACGUACUGCGAAAGCAUUUUAGUCAAUGGGGUAAUGUUGAAGAGCUAAACCUUCUGAAGCGCCCAGACGGCAAAUUAGUUGGAUGUGCAUUUGUACAAUACAGCGCGGUUAAUCAAGCAUCCAAGGCAAUUCUAAAAGGCAAUAAACUGGACUUCCUAGGUCGGCCCUUGAACAUUGAUUGGGCCUUGGGCAAAGAUGAGUACACAAACAAAAAGAAUAUAGCAAAAAAAGAGGAACCCGAUGAGAAAAAACCCAAACUGGAAAAUAAAACAGAUGGGCACAAAUUUAAUGAAAUGUUUAAAGAGGAAGAAGAUAAAUCGGAUGAAGAAGAUGACAAAAGCGACAGAAAAACGGAUGAUGAGGGCAAAAGUGCAAUGGAGGAUGAACUUUUUACGGAUUCUGAUGAAGACGAAAAGGGGUCAACAUCUAAAUUAAAAAUCGGAAAAAUUAACAAAGAAAAGCUUAUUUCAAACGACGUUCAAAACGGAUGCACCAUUUUCAUUAAAAAUGUCCCUUUCGAUGCAGAAGAUACCGACAUACGUAAAGUCUUUCGAAAGUUUGGUCCAGUCCAUUAUGCUAUUGUUAAUCGUGAGCCGAUUUCCGGUCACUCCAAAGGAACGGCUUUUGUCAAAUUUAAAAAUAAAGCGUCGGCUGAACUUUGCCUGCAAUCUGGAGCCGAAAUCUCCCUGAUGGAUCAGUUUCUCGAACCAUAUCCGGCUUUAAGCAAGGAUGAAAUCCGAAACCAAGAAAGAAUAAAAUCUAAUAAAGAAGUGGCAAAAGAUUCGCGGAAUCUAUAUUUAGCCAGAGAAGGAUUGAUUAUGGCGAAUUCCAAAUCUGCUGAAGGGGUAUCUGCAUCUGACAUGGCCAAGCGACACAAACUGGAGCAAAUAAAAACUCAAGUACUGAAAAAUCUUAAUAGAUUUGUUUCACGAAACCGUUUAUCCAUUCAUAAUUUACCUCUUAAUUUCGAUAAUGAAAAACUGAAGCGAAUGGUUAUUACUUAUGCGGGAUUUAGACCACACGAGUGCAGAGUUAUGCGGGAAAACAAAAUUACACCAGAGCAUCCUAAAGGAAAAUCAAAAGGCUUUGGAUUUAUGUCAUUUAGCACACAUCAAGAAGCACUGUCGGCAUUGCGAAAACUAAACAAUAACCCAUCAAUUUUCGGAACGCAACAUCGCCCUAUUGUCGCAUUUAGUAUUGAGGAUCGUGCUGUGGAAAAAAUCAAGGAGAAGAGGAAACAGAAAUCAAAAAUAAACAACCCCACAUUCCUAGAAAAAAUGGAAAAAAUUAAAGAAAAUAGAAAACUAAAAAAACAGGAAAAGCUAUCUGAAAAUACUAGGUUCCCUCAAAGUGACAAUAAGGAAAAAUUAAAGAAGCACAUAAAAAAACUAGAAGAAUCACGUUCUGUAAAAGCCAAUGCUCAAAAUAAACCGCAGUCCGUAGAAGAACUUGAUAAUUUUGUUGGUACAGCGGCCAAACCCGGUUCAAACAUACGAAUGCGAUCAAACAAGAAAAUUGCUGAGCAAUCGCAGGAGCAUAAGAAAAAUGUUAAGGCAAAGAAACGUAAGGAAAAGGCUAAAAAGAUUCGACAAAUACAUUUGGCUGAGCGCAAAUCGAUAGAUAGACCGAAACAAGGAAAAAGAGAAGAACGCGAUGAUUUGGAACAUCUGGUAAAGAAAUAUAAACUAAUGAUAGAUAGUAGAGCUAAUGUGGGUAGUACCGGAGAAUCCCAUGAGAAAGAAUCUCAACUACCAAAACGAACCAAAUGGUACACAGAAUAAUACAUUUUUCCGACUAAAUUUAGCUAUUUUGUACAUAUGUAUGUAUUGUAGUAAGUAAAUUUGAGUAUUUCCUUUUUGGUUGUUGUUGUUUCCGACAGGGUGAGUGUAUGAUGUAUUUUGGAACGACAAGGGAUGACGGAAAUUCGUUCCCAAAUACAUCAUAAAUUUGAAUACUUAAUAAAAAAAGAUUUUCAAUGUUACAUUUAUACAAUACUUUCUCAACCUUGAAAACAAUGAAGAACUUAACGUUAGAAAUUUACAAAGCAGCUGUCUUAAUUCUUGAAUAAACUGAAAUCACCUAGUUACUGAGGGUCAGCUA